AUGGGGAAGGUGUCGGGCGUGGAGAAGAAGAAGAAAAGGUUGGAAAAGAAGAAGAGAGGAUUGGGGUGGAAGACCGGCCCGGAGAGCUUGCUGUUUGACUUGAGGCUGAAGGGAAAGGCAUCAUUAGCUGAUCCUCCUCGUAGGCCGCUUUGUUUGCAAUCUUGUGACAUCAGUUCCGCCAAGCCUCAUUUGCUUGUUGUUAGCGGGAGACGAAAGCUGCCAAUGCUCUCAUCUCGUCACCAUAGAUCAUCAGUGCCUGAAUUUGAAUACUGUUGCCCGACGCAUCUUUCUAAAGAUCGUGCUUCACCCUUGACUCAUGCUGCAUUUAGUCCAACUGGAGGAGAGCUGCUGCUUAAUUAUAUGGGAGAGAACGCAUAUCUAAUGAAUCUUGGAUCACCUGCAGCAGCAAUGGAAGUGAUGCAACAAUAUGUUGGCCACACUAAUAGAGAACAAUUUGCUUUUAAAGAGGCUAUUUUUCUUGGCCAAAGAGCUUCCUUCAUGAGAUUUGCAGGUGAAUACGUUGCCAGUGGAAGUGAAGAUGGCAGACUGUAUAUUUGGGAGAAGAGAACUGGCAGACUUGUAAAAAUGCUACGUGGAGAUGAGAAGGGUAACAUGUUCCCUUCCCACUCCCAAUGA